AUGUAUAUAUCAGCUGAAUUGCAAUCUGCACUUAUGGGCAUUUACUCUGAAGGUUUAGGAGUGGACACAGUUGAAAUUGGUGGUGACUUAGAACUGACUUUAUCGACAACACCCGAUGGUAUAGAGUUAAGAAAAAAUUCAAGUCUCUUCAACAAUGAUGCAUUCAAGCGUGUAUAUCAUUCAUUAUGGGAAGAAUGGUUUAAUGGUAUUUUAGCUGGCAUGAGAGAUGCUGACUUAGUUGUUUUAACAGUUAUGUCCGUUUUAUUUGGAUUAAGUUGUAUUGAGAAGUAUCCAAAUAUGAAAGCAAUUGGAAUCUAUGUUUGUGCUUAUGAUUCUACUGCAGAAUUUACUCCGCCUAUUGUGGCUACUAAAAGUCAAAGUGUAUUUAAUUGGAUAAAUUCACUUGAAUGGAAAUUAGUCGAAUAUGGAACUUCAUUUCUAUAUACAGAUAAAAUCAAUCAACUCCGUGCUAAUGUAGCCUUACCACCAAUCAAAGUAAACUAUAAUCACAUGGUUCAAUCCUUAUUUCACAAACCGAUGGUAACUGCUACAAUCUAUUCAAAAUAUUUACUUCCACGUCCGUCGGAUUGGUCAGAAAAUCACCACAUGGUUGGUGCAAUUCUUGAAGAAGAAAAUUCUAAUUUCGUUCCAUCCGAUGCUAUUCUAGCUGUUUUAGACAAAUGGAAAAACGAAAAGAUCAUUUACGUUGGUCUUGGUUCACAUAUGAGCGGAACGUUUGAGAUAGACAAACAACUGGAAAUUUUAAACAAUAUCCAACGAGCUAUUCGAAAUAAUAAUUGUGUGGCACUUAUAUCGCUAGUGGGCUUACAGCCAACAGUCGUAGAUAAAUUAUCCAAUGAUGACUAUACGGUCUAUUUGCAAGAAAAUAUUCCUCACUGUUGGCUAUUUCCGAACAUAUCAGCGGCAAUUCAUCAUGGAGGUGCUGGAACUACACAUAUAAGUAUACGAUAUGGCUUACCAACAUUAGUAAUACCUAAUAUACAUGAUCAAUUAUCUAAUGGUGAUCGAGUAUUUAUUAAUAAAUUGGGGCCAAGACCUAUUAAUAUGCGUCAAGUAAAUCUGAAGAAUCUGACCAGCGCAAUUAGGGAUUUGAUUCAAAAUUACACCAUGUAUCAAAUAAAUGUCAAGAAGAUGGGUGAACUAAUUAGGCAGGAAGAUGGACUUGGUAAUUGCGUUCGACUUAUUGAAACCGAGCUAAGCACAUGA